AGCGCGCGGCGGCAGCGAGGCCCAGGGCACCAGCAGCUGCCUCAUGGCCCAGAGAAAUUUGUUGCUUCUUGACUAACCUGAUGUCUUGGGCAGUUGGUAUCUCUAUGGCAGAUAAAGACAUCUGUUCUCGUGAUGAUUGCCCAGCCAGUUCCCUCCACCUGACUUCUACCACUGCUCUCCCGUUGCUGAGUUUCCGGGAUGCAGGCCCAGUCUGUGCUCCACAGCGGCUACUUCCACCCUGUGCUGCGCUCCUGGCAGACCUCGGCCACGGCCUUCGAUGCCUCUAACCUCCUCUACCCCAUCUUUGUCACUGACAGCCCCGAUGCGGUGGAGCCGAUCGCCAGCCUCCCCGGACAGGCCAGGUAUGGAGUUAACAAGCUGGAGGGGAUGCUCCGCCCCCUGGUGGACGAGGGGCUGAAGUGCGUGUUGAUCUUUGGCGUCCCCACUAAAGUCCCCAAGGAUGAAAGGGGCUCGGCUGCCGAUGUUGAGAACACCCCAGCCAUCCAGGCCAUAAAGAAGAUCCGUUCCUCCUUCCCAGAGCUGCUGAUCGCCUGUGAUGUCUGCCUGUGCCCCUAUACCUCUCACGGGCACUGCGGGAUCCUGCGGAAGGAUGGCACCAUCCAGAACGAGGCCAGCUGCCAGCGGCUGGCAGAAGUGUCGCUAGCCUAUGCCAAGGCAGGAUGCCACAUCGUGGCCCCCUCGGACAUGAUGGACGGACGCGUCGCAGCCAUGAAAGAGGCUCUGAUCUCCAAUAACAUGGGCAACAAGGUCUCUGUGAUGAGCUACAGCGCCAAGUUUGCUUCCUGUUUCUAUGGCCCUUUCAGAGACGCUGCGCUGUCCAAACCUGCGUUCGGAGACCGACGAUGUUACCAGCUUCCCCCGGGCGCCCGGGGCCUGGCCCUGCGAGCUGUGGACCGGGAUGUGCGGGAGGGAGCAGACAUGCUGAUGGUGAAGCCGGGGAUGCCCUACCUCGACCUCGUGAGAGAUGUCAAGGCCAAACAUCCCACCCACCCGCUGGCUGUUUACCACGUGUCGGGGGAGUUUGCCAUGCUGUGGCACGGAGCACAGGCAGGGGCCUUUAACCUAAAGGCUGCCGUCAUGGAGGUGAUGACCGGGUUCAGGCGAGCAGGAGCUGAUAUCAUCAUUACCUACUACGUGCCCCAGCUCCUGAAGUGGCUGAAGGAGGAACAGGCGUGAAGUGCCUGAGUGAAGGCAACACACAGAAGGAAACCCGCGAGGACCGGAAAGGACUGAAAUGCAAAAUGAGGAUUUUUAUGGGGCCUUAGAGAUACAAGGCUGAAUCCAGCCCCAGCGUAAACAGGUCCAGCACCACUGGCUGCAGGGGUGCUGCACCUGCCUACACUAGAGCUGACUUUAGCCCAAAGAAGCCAAAGGAGAAGUGGGCUUAAUGCUGAGACCCUCCUCUGGCAGCAAAAUGCCUUAGGACCAGAACUGAUCUCCCCAGCGACCCCCCCUUGGAGAGGCACCUUCUUAAUGUGAUGGUUUCUUUUAAUGUGUCGCUUUGUGACACCAGAUGGGCGAUUUUUAUGAGAUUCUUCAUAAAGGAAGCGCCCAUUCCCGACCAUUCCUCUACCCCAAUGUCCUUCUCGGUCUAGCCGGGGUGUUGGUAACACAGGGGAAGGCUGAUGUGGGGCAGUUCACCUGCACAUUGAUCACAGGAGUGCUAGUUCUGGGGGUGUCUCAAACGUUCACUGCAGAUGUUCUCCCUGCAGUGCACUAGUGACAUAAUUCCUUUGCUACAGCCCCCAGCAGAGCUUUGCUCUCCCCUGGUUGGGCUUUCUGCACAGAAACGCUGUCUGGGUCACAAACAUGGAAGCAGCAGAGGCAGGCAGGGCUUCCCUUGCUGGUCAGCCAGACACUGCGCGGACACUCUAACACUUUCCUCUGGUGAACACGCUGUUUCAAACUUUUUAAUAUGGAGAAAUACCCCAAGAUGCUUCAGAGCCCUCAGGGAGGGGGGGUUCCCCUCCACGCGCGCUUGUGCCUUAAACCUGUUGUCAUUGCAUAGAAUAGAGAAUAUUGGCCUGGUUCUGAGCUGUGGCCCUGCUGUCUCGAGGGCGACAGGGCAUGUGGGGCUAGGCAGUAUAAGGGCUUCAGAAGUAUAAUGUCCUGAUUGCUAACGGGCCAUUGCACAUCCGCCCAACAUUACUAGGAGUUCUUUUAGCCCUGAGCACCCAGAAGAGCAGCUCCUAGCACUCACAUUGGCUCUGUCAACUCGCAGUUCAGCUCUGGCCUUUGAUUCCCUAAUAGGAUGCUGUCACCUUAUAUAGAAGUAUUGUCAAAAUAAUCUUUCUCUAAAACCCAAGAGCACUAGAAAUGUUUCCCUAUUUUAAAAAUCCCAAUGAAAAUAAUUGUUUUAACUCACUGCUUGUUCCUGUGCCGUGUUUCAAACUCAGCAUUGCAGCAGGCAGAACCAGGCAGUGAAAGUCGCCCGACUGGCUCUGCUGUCCAAUGCACACGUUAAAAUUACUUCACCCUAGCAGUCUAACGUGAUGUUAAUAACAUAGCUGAGAACUUUAAUUUGUACCAUGGUUCUUAAGUUGAUCAUGCUGUUAUGAAGUCUAGAUGUUUUAGAUUAAUUGCUAGAGCUACUCUGCUUUGGUAGUCUUAGCAGCAGCCUCUGAUAUUCUUCAAUGCCUGGAGUGCGUUCAGCUGAAAAUAAAAAGAAAAAAACCCACAAGUCUACAACCCGGGUAACUUGAUGAUGUUGGUAAGGAAGAGGGUGGAGGGAACUCCACUGCACCUUCUUGAAGUGGCCAGCACUCUCCUCUGGGCAACAGAGGGAUUUCUUUUCAAUCUGCAUUGCCAUAAUUUUGGGGGUGGGGAAGAGCCUGACUCCUCUGUAGAAGAAGCUGUGCUAGUAUGUGCAGAUCUGUGAUCUUCCCUGGAGGUACAGUCACACCAACGGCAUUCCCUGUUCCUCUGACUCAUGAAGGUCUGUCAGCCCCUCAUCCUGUUAGCUUGACAGAUGGUAUCCUUUCCAAGAAAAGGACAGGCCCGUCCUCAGCUGAGUUUACAGACUACAAAGAAACAUAGGGUGGUGCUGGCAGAUUGGGUGUAGUUUACCUUACAAGCCUCUCUUCCCCUUGAUGGUUUGCACAGAUGAGCAACUAGAGGAAGACAAGGCCAACCCUAAUGAUAGGAAGAAGGGAAAGGGGCAAGAGCAGUGGGAGGGCAGAGCAGCAAUGCCCUCUGGAGGGAAAGGGAACUUGUUCAAGGAUAAAAAGUAGAGUCCUGGUAGGGUGACCAGAUAGCAACUGUGAAAAAACAGGACGGGGGUGGGAGGUAAUAGGUGCCUAUAGAAGAAAAAGUCCCCAAAAAUGGAAUUGUCCCUUUAAAAAUGGGACACCUGGUCACCUGAAGUCCUGGGAAAGAAGUCGCCAUUCCUGUUUCAGAGUUGAGCGCCCCAGUUUUGUAAGGGUGAAUACACUGGUGUGGGUGAGACGCUCAGUUGCUAUGGGGGAGCCCUAUAGAUUGGUCACUCGGAGGAUUACACUUUCUAAGGGAUUAUGGUAGUCUGCUACUUUCACUGCUGCAGGCCAAUCCUCCCAAUGCCCCACAGCUUGUGAGGGGGCGAGAGCUCUACCUCAUGGCUUGAGGGGAUGGGGAUGGGGGCUGUACCCCAUGGUCUAUGGGAUGAAGUCAUAUUUAGGCCUGAUAGAAUCCUGCUGUGAAUUCUAGGGGUCUGUUCUGAUCACGUUUAACAGGAGAACAGGGUGUGUGUGUGUGUAUACAACACUGCGGAAUAACCAUGUCUGUGAGAAAAAUAAAAGUCACUGAAAAGCUGGAAGAGACUGGUUUGAACUCCCGCGAGAGCUGUAGUGGC